UAACAGCUUUAAGAAGACGCAGCCGCUCGUCCUGCUGCCGAAGAUCGAUGACAAGCUGGAGCAGUACGCUCACGCUGUGGAGAACUCUCUGGAGACCCGGGCAGUGAAGGCAUCACUCAGCGACCUGCCCAGCGCUCCUGAAGUCGCCUCCAAGAAGAACCUGUUUGAAGCCGGAGACGCCUGGAGCCAGAGUCCAGUAAAGGAGCUUCCUGCAAGGGCUCAGCAGGAAGUAAAAAGUACAAAUUCGUCGUCACCGGUCACGGGAAAAUACGAGAAGAUCCCCGUUGACGACGACGAUGAGGACGAAGAAUUCACCAACGGAAAGUCAGGUGUGAAGUUGACGGACGCUGAGCUGCAGGUGCGUCUCUGCAGCUAA